UAAAAAAUGUUAUUCAUUUCUUUCAAAACAUUGCUAGAGAAUUUGCCGAUUUGUGUAAAAAGUCGGUUUUGUUUGAAAAAAUUCAAUACAGUUUCGAAUAAAAUGACUUGGGAGAAUGUUAAACAGAAGUUUCUGUCGAUGAGCAUCGAGGAAAAACGAAAAAAUUACAAAACAUCGCAUAUAGAAUUAAAAGAUAUUCCCACUUGGAAGGAUUAUUACCAAAUAAAUAAAAACAAGCUGUCGAAAAAAAUUGCUCCGUUGCCGGGAAAUAAUAUCGACAAUACGAAAAAUGAAAUUUUGUUAGAUAAAAUUUCUGUGUAUCGUGGUGAUAUUACCAAGUUGGAGAUUGAUGCAAUUGCAAAUGCAGCUAACAAGUCCCUUCUGGGCGGAGGAGGAGUAGAUGGUGCUAUUCACAGAGCUGCAGGUAAAACUUUGGUAGAAGAGUGUCGAAGUUUGAUGGGUUGCGAAACUGGAGAGGCCAAAAUAACAGGAGGAUAUGCUUUACCAGCAAAAUAUGUAAUUCACACAGUAGGACCACGAGGAGAAAAGCCAGAUUUACUUAGAAAUUGUUAUUUAAAUUGUUUAAAAGUUCUUUUGGAAAAUAAUUUAAAGUCCAUUGCAUUCCCUUGCAUUUCAACUGGAAUUUAUGGAUAUCCUAACCUCCAGGCAUCCCAUGUUGCUGCAUACACAGUUAGAAAAUUUCUUGAAGAACACAUCAACAAUAUUGACAGAAUAAUUUUCUGCAUAUUCUUGGAAGAGGAUAAAGAUUUAUAUGAAGGCAUAUUGCAGUCUUACUUUCCUGUUCAAUAGUGUUAUUUUACUUACUUUUGGUUAUGUGUAAUUAUUUUGUUUUCCAACUUUUGUUGCUAAUAAAGUAAAUUUGA